AUGUCACAAGAUGGUGCUUAUCCACAUGUUGCUUCAUCCAUACCACUUCUUCCUUUCUAUAUUCAAUUCGGUUGGACAUUAUCAUCAGAUGAUGAUGUGUUUAUUGAUGGAAUUAAGUCAAUGCCCAACGCCCUACUGCAAGCAGCAAUUGAUGAUGGCCAAGAUGUUGAUGAAUCAAAAGAGAUACUCUAUCCAAAUUAUGCUCUCGCAGAUACACCUCUUGAACAAAUGUACGGGAAUAAUCUGCCUAGACUUCGACGCACCCGCAAAGCAUGGGAUCCGCAUAACAUCAUGUGUCUCUGUUGA